UUCCUUGCUGAGCACCAUGUCCUUAAGGUCCCUCCAUGUUGCUAAGUAAUGGUCCAGAGCAUGUACCCAUCAGCCAGGAGAAUUCCCCUGGCUCACAUUGAGACCCACUGAGCACAGUGCCUUCCUUGUGGUGGGAUGGGUAAGGGCAGGCUGUAAGGGUAAAGGCUGGCACAGAGAGUAUGGCUUCCUGCUGUGGGACAGGGAGAGAGCAGAACAUUCAGAUGUCCCCAUGUUGGGAGCUGGCGGAGUCAAAGACCCCAAGCCCCACUUUGGUCCUGGUGGCUCCAGCCCCACACCAGGAAGUAGGCUGAGGUCAUGGGUACUCUGGCUGACCACUUCCCUGUUGCUGGGACACCUUUGUCCCUGUCAACAAUGGCCCAGGGCCUUGGUGGCCCGAGCCUCUGAGAAGCAGAGGUGGACAUGGAGAACCUGAGACGGGAGGCUUCUCAGCCGUUUGUGCCCUCGGGCACCCUGGAACUCUACUUCCCUGCCCUCCUAUACAGCAAUGACUACCUGUCCCUGGAGGGGCCCCGCUGGGCGCCGGCCGUCAAGCAGGCCACGCGCUGGAAGUUCACGCCCAUGGGACAGGACGCCGCCGGCCAGGUGUGGUUCACCGGCCUGACCAACUCGGAGCCACGCGAGGCCUGGUACAUGCUGCCCAACGCGCUCGACAGCCCGUACCGCGAGGCCCUGGCGCGCUGGCACGGUUGCUUCGAGAGUCGCCAGCGCGGACUGCCCUCGGCCUACACGCAGCGCCUGCGGGAGACGGCCUUCUGGGACCCCACGCUGCCUGCGCAGUACCUGGGCGCGGGCACGCGCUGGGGGUGUGUGCCCUGGAGGGACAGGCGUGUGCGCGGCAAGGAGUUCGUGGUCACCAGGAACCAGUUCGGGGCGGAGCAGCCCAAGCGGUCCAACUACGUGCCCCACCUGUCGCCGCCACAGCGGCCGCGCUACACCUCGCAGGACUUCAGGCAGCGCGGCGGGGAGCGCCCCUGCCCCGCCACCGGGCAGCCGCCCCCCGCCUUCACGCCCGCGCUCUGAUAAAGCCCUCCUGCCGACCCGCGCCUGCCUGCGCCUCCCUCGCCGGCGACCGUCCUCCGGUUCCCGGCCGUCCCAGGGCUGCCCGAGGCCACGGCUGGGGCGGGGCACCCAGGGCGCAGAGAGCUUGGCCAGGUAUCACCCCGCACUCGCACUCCGUGCCCUCUGACCCCACGCAGGUGGGGGGCGGGGGUAGGGUGUCGGCCUGGUCCUCCGUCCAGUUGCCCUGGGGAGCCAAGUCAGGGCCGGUCUCCGAGGUCCCCUGAAGUGGA